GAGGAAAGGUACAAAAAGAGAGACUUGGCUGGCGAGCGCGGAGCUCCUGCAACAGCGGGCGGAGAUCCUCGUCUUCGCUUGGCCAGCCUCGGUUUGGGGAGAGGAUCUGUUCCCCGCGCGUCUUAGAAAGCUGGAUGAAGAACUUUGCGUAAAGGAGCAAAGCGCAGCUCAUCUUCUCCCCUGAAGGGUUUCCCCCCCCCUCCAGGUCCCCCCCCCCCCCAGUUUGGAAAGCGAAGAGCAAACUGGCUCCAGCCAAACCUCCUUCGGCAGAUCCUCGGUGAGGGGGGAAAGGGGAAGAGUUCGUCGGAGCCGCGCAUCUCCCUCGCUCUCCCGGGAGAACAUGAACAGGGCAAGGCGAUUCUCGGCGGGAGCUUUCUCUGGCGCGUCCAUCUCGCUGCUGUGCGCCCUGCUUGGCCUCGCCGAUGCCAAAGGGACCUAUUACCGCCACCCCGUGCCCAUCCCUUACGGCAACCGAUACAACCUCUACACCUCAGGAUCGAGCCCCCAGCUCACGCCGGGAAAGCCCAUGGGGAAGCACAAGUAAGCGCUGCGCCUCCUUCCUCGCUCCUUCGGCUCACCGAGCUUCCUCGCGCUCCCUCCCUCCUUCCUUCCCUUCCUCUCUCUUUUCUUCUUCUCAAAAAAGACCCGGGUGGAGAGAAAGGAUGGCGAGGGUCUCUUCAUCCGAGGGACGUUCCUAGCACAGUGGCAUUACUGGCCAAUUGCACCCGGUUUGUGGCAGUUUCACCCACGGGGCAAUUCCUUGGAGGGAUAUACGUCUGGGUGUGUAUGCAUAGAUGUGCGCAAAGAUAGACAGAAACAGACAUAUGCAUGCCUAUAUAAAUAGAUAUCAUGAGAUAUGUCCAACGUUAGCCUUACUCAGAGUAGACCACUGAAAAUAGUGGGAAUGACUAAUAUAGACCUAUUAAUUUCAGUAGGUUUGCUCUAACUUAGUUGGAUACGACCUCCCACUCCCCACUUUAAGGCACAGCGAUGUGGGACAAAUGAUGGAAGUUGGUUGUUUCUGCCUCUUGGUGUAAAGACUCGAUCGAAAUGCUUUUUUCUUCUGGUCAGUCGCGUAUAUACCGUUGCCUUUCCCCCUCUCCCUCACACACCCCUUUCCAUUCUUCCUUCCACGAAAAGCGGAUCUGCCAAAAAUUCAUAUGGAUUUUAGCAUUCUGGAAUGCUCAGAGAAGGGGUGGGUCGGCGGGGAGAUACUGCGUUGAAUGGCGGGGAGGGUGCCCCUUUUCUGGAGAGUUUGCUUUGCACUGCUUUGCUUUCUGCGCAGGAGAGCUUCUUUUGCAAAGAAAAGGAAGGAUGCAAAUUGCAGGACUGAAGGAGAUGUUUCUCUCUCCCCAGCCGCGCCCUUCCACCCAUGCAUCCAUUUCCGAUGGUUUUUCUCUUCCUCUCUCGCACACAUACCGACAGCAAAGGGAGAUUUUCCGUUUGCACGCCGUGAAAACACCGGGCCGAGCACUUUGGCGUCUAACUGCAAGCCGCAGGUGGGGAAGGAUGGUUUCUCCAGCCAGCGCUGCCCCGUAACCUUUUGCCUGACUGGCUAAGGACCUCUCUCUUUCUCAGAAUUCCUCGGUCUGAAUUCAUCUCCUAGUUGGGUGGAGCCAGCCAAAGUUUGCACUGUGCUGGAGGAGGAGCGAGCGCGUUGGAGGGGGCAUUUAGCCGGGAUCAGGCCUCUCUGCCAAAGGCGGAGGGUAUCCAGGCGGUCAAAUCCAGGGGAGCAGCAAACCCUGAAUUGGACUUACUUUUUUAGAUAUGGGAACAAGAACAAGGGAAGAAUGCAUUUGUUUCCUGGCGUCGCGUCCCCCCCUUUACAGUGCUCAGAAUUCUUGGAAGGGGAAAAACGUGUUUCAAAUGUGCUUUAAACGUAUAGUGUGCACUCAGCCCUAGUCCUGAAGGAAGGUCCCAUUGAUUGUUUAAGCAGAAGUCACCAACGUGGUGCCCAUGGGCACCCAUGUGCCCUGAGAGCUUUCCCUGGUGCUCAUGGGGUCCCCUUCUGCCACUCCGUCUCCUGAUGAAAUAAGGCAUGAAAGCAGCAUUAUAGCAUAGCAAAUAGAAUCGGUUGUGCUUGGUUUCAGUGUAUCUGUGGCACCCACAACUAUUUCUCUGGUUUGCAGUGCCCCAAAGGUUGGUGAUUCUGGCCUUACAGUUACUAUAAGGGUAACUGAGUGAAGUCAUAGAUGGAGGACCAGUUCAAUUCAGUUGUUCAUAUUUAUCACAAUCAAUUUUAAACUGGAAAGUGCUUCAAAACUUCGUUGUUUUCCUCCUUUCAACUAUGUGAGGUACAACAUGAUGCUUCUCAUUUAAUGGGGAACUGAGAGCACUUUCAGGGCUGAGUGGAAUCAGAAGGAACAUGGAGUGGGGAGAGAUUUUCAGCCUAGCUUAAUAACCUACUGGUAGAUAUAGUCAAGAUUAAAUUGCAAGUGGCCGUUUAUUUUGGGAGCAUUUGCUGCUGUUGCUUUUUAUGCCACACAGUAACUUCAGCAGCAUUAUCUAUAUCUGGACAGGACAGUCGCACACUGUCAAAUCAAAUCAAAGGGGUUUCACAGAAUCAUCAGCCUGGAAAAGACUUUGGAGAUCAUUUAGCCUCCAGAUCAUUUAGGAGCUGUGAUGCAGUGUGCAAAGGUCACACCCCCAACAUACAUUUAAAGCACAUGGUUUCCCACUAAGAAUCUUGGGAACUGUAGUUUGGCCUCCCUCUCCAUAGAACUAUAAUUCCCAGCAGCACUCUUAACAGACUACAGAUCCUAUGAAUCUUUGUGGGGGAGUCAUGUGCCUUAAAUGUCCUCUAAAUGUAUGGUGUGGAUGUGACCUCAACAUCCCUGACAGGUGGCCACCCAGCUUCUACUUAAAAAUCUCUGGCAAAGGAGAUCCCAUCGCAUCCCGAGGCUGCCAGGUGUGUGCUCACAGAAAGCUGCCUUAUGCUGAGUUGGACCAUCAGUCCAUUUGCUCAGUAUUAUUGCAAUGGUGCUUCUCCCAGGUUUCAGACAGAAACCUGGCAAUGCUAGAAACUGAACCUGGGGCUUUCUACAGACAAAAAAGGCACUGUACAUUAUCGCUGGCAUGUAAGUCCAUGUAAUAAUUUAUAACAAUUGCUGCUCAUUGUGUAGAAAGCUUGGCAGAAGUGCUGGUAGUUCUGACCCAUAGUCACAAAGGGUCUGAAAUGGAGUUGGGGGAUAGCCCCCUGCUCUCCUUAAAUGUCCACUGAACAUCCUGCGAUGGAGGCUGAGAGAUAUGGACAGUAAGUUCUUUGAAGGAUAUGAAAUUGUGGUUUGGAAGAGGGCUGCUUCUCGCCUUCUUCUCUUCCUCUCCUCUCCCUCCCUCCCUCCCCCAUAGUACAUAGAAUAUGGGGUCACCCAAUGGCAAGGCAUUCACCAUGGAAGAAAGUUAGGCAAACUGCACAGAAUUAAUUUAUGGAAUUUCCUGCCCUGAGAUAUGGUGGUAGCUUAUAUGGCUUAAAGGGGGAUUAGAGAAAGCCAUGGAGGAUAGGCUAAUCAAUGAAUACCCGUGUGCAAAGGCAGCAUGUCAAUGGACACCAGUUGCUGCUGGCAACUGCAAGGCUUGGAGGGGAGGGGGCUGUGGGUUUCCUGGAAGUAUCUGCUUGGGCAGUGUGGGAAAUCGGUUGCUGACAUAGGUCUGAUGCAGCAGAGCUUUUCUUAAGUCUUGAGCAUGGAUGAAUGGAUGGAUGAAUAGUUGUGGGGGCUGUUAUGUGUGGAUGAGAGAGGGAAUAUGCAUUUGGAGUGGCCCACCUCACUGCUGGGGCUUGAUAAGAUCAGGAAUGAGAUUUCACCCCGAGACUUCUGAUUUUGAGUCUGUCCAUUAGACUGCAGUAGUGGUCACUGAGAGCGCACUUCCUCCCAGUGGUGUAGCGGCAAAUUCGGAAGUGCAGGGUCCAUUCAUGAUAGUCAACAGCCACACCCCUUCUGAGAGUAUACAGCCUAAGAUUAUACUCACUGCUAUUUUUAUAGAAAAAGCGGUGCUGGAACUCACCAUGAACGCCUCCCUUGUUCUUUUAUAAUGGCAAUGGCGCCCACCUGAGAGGUGCUGGAACUGAGUUCCGGCAAGUUCCGGCUGGAAAAAGCAGAAGCCCUGAUCAUGUCAUCAUUUUACAACAAUAAUAAUUGGGGAUGCAUUGCAACAAUGGGUUCAGAUCUCCAUAUGUUGCUUUUCAACUAGAUCUACUAUUUUCUGUGCAUAUAUGUGGGCAAAUAAUUUGGAGUGCUCUCAUAUCUUUCAGAAUGACUUAAGCUGUGCUUUCCUUGAAGUUCCAUUGUGCAUAACAGGACUUGCCCACCGUUCUCUUGAAACGGAAGCACCUUGUGUUUUCAGUGUUCCUGACUAUUUAGGUCCAGAGCAUAUCGUGGCUAAAAGGCUCCCCAUUAAUUUUUAUUAAAUGGCUCUAGGAUGCUGGAGACAGGAACCCCAUUGCAGAUAUGGAAACACAUCUUCAACCUCUUGUGACCUUGGACCACGACACCAUGACUUCCUCCCUGAUCCUUUCAACACUGAGAAGUUUACAUUGUAUUUCAAACUGCAGCAGACAAUAUACUCAUAGAUGGGAUAUGAGCAGACUGUAGGCGUGUAAGCCGUGGGUAGGGCUGGGAACUGCAUGAGGGUGUCCACUGGAAUCCAUGCCCUCCCUCUGUCCUACCCAACUAUCAUAAUAUUAUUCUUGUGUUCAUAUUCCAUUUCCAGCUGUACAUCAAGUCUGCUGGUAAGCCUCACAUCUUGUCUCCUGCUGUAACAGCUAACCUCCUAAAGGCUCAGAGUGUCUCGCCACAAAAAGUGUCACUCUUAGACUGCAACAAUCCUAAGCAUGCUUUCAUGGAAGUAAGUCCCAUUGCAGUAAGUGCGCAAAGGAUUGGGAUAUUAAGUCCAUGGUUUCAAGUAAGCAUGACUUUUCUAUAAGAAAAGAAACAGCUGGCUAUUCCCAGCCACAACUGAGGAGAAGCUGACCUUUGCAGAAACCAUCAAAGCAGUCAAAAGGGCCAGACAGGCCAAUGAAUGAUAUGUGCUUUGUGUGCUCACCUUACCCAACUCUCCCCUUCCUAUACAAUGUAGUAUACACAGCCAAAGUAGUAGUACCAACAAGGAGAAAGCAGGGCCAAGUUGGAUGAAAUGUGAUGUCCAUUAGUCAAGCGGAGGACAAAGAGCAGAGCUCUUCUUGAGGUAGAAGAAUAGGAUAUUGUUGCAAGGGGACUGGACAUUUGUAGGUGUGUUACACAUCCAUGGUCUAUAUAUGCCAGUAUUAUCUGCUCUGACCAUCAGCAACUCACUGAGGUCAUAGACCCAGGGUAGGGAGCCUAUGGUCCUCCAUUUGUUGAUGGACUACGGCUCCUAGCAUAUCCAAGUGUACUGCUGUUGAUUACGUUGUUUGUUGUUACGCCAUCAGCAUGCAUGGUGCUUUAUGGAAUACAAAAAGACCCCAGGGCUGGAUUCACCAUGGUGCAGCAUACAGCACAAUCAGGGGUUGUAUGCGUAUUUGGCAUUCCCACUGUGGGGUUUAGAAAAACCAAGAAGCCCUCAAGGAGCUGUGCAGAAGGAUGUGAGGUGGGCAAACUGGCCAUACCUUGCAUGCCAUGAUUUAAAGAAGCUUAACUUAAAGAUAUGAAGCAAAUAUAUGCAAAUGGACUUGAUUUGCAUUAUUUACCCAGGUCAACAAAUCCAGCUUUACCUAGCAUAACAUCCAAGCCUGGUUUAGCUCCAGACCCCUGGCAUACUGAAGAUUCUUUUGCAUCUCUGAGAACUUAACAUUAUGGAAUGUGGGGUUCUCCUACUCUUUGGUCUCCACUCCUCAGUUCAAUUAAUUAUAUAUCUCAUGUUAGAAGAGCGGGAGCGAAAUAAACUCCUAGCCAUGUGGAAGGAGCAGCCUGCACUGAAAGCCCACUGUCUGCAUGUAAGCCUGGGCGAUGUAUCACUAUAUUGUGUCCACCACUGGUUUGAGGGCUGGACCGCAAUGGUGUCUUGACCUGGCAGUAUAUCGGGUGCAGGCAGCGGGGGGAGUAGCGGGGGCUUCACCCUGGUGCCUCAUGGGGCAGGGGCCAAUGUUCCUUCCUCUGCCCACUGCAUGCUGGGUCAGCGGCAGAGGAAGCCACUUGGGCGCCUGGGGGCAGGGCAAGCCACCCAUAGGGGUGGGGUGAGGGUGGGGCGAGCUGCCCAUGGGGCAGGGCACACCACGGGGCCUCUAGGGUCUGCCUGCCUCCUGCCACUCAGCCGCCCUACAGCUGGGGGAGAGGUAGCGGGCAGACUGUUUGGGCAGCGCAGAGCCUGCACACACCCAAGCCACUGUGUCUCUCCCAGGAGAGACGCAUGGCUCAGGUGUGUUGCAGGCCCUGCGGUGAGUGCCGCCCAGUAUUCUGUCACCCUGUCCCUCAGCAGUGACACCCAGGGUGGCCUGCACCCACCGCACCCCCUUCCUCCGCCCCUGCCUUGGGUGCCAACAAGAGCGGUGGAGGCUUCACGCCGGUGUUUUGUGGGACCAGGACUGAGACCAAUGCUCCUUUCUUUUCAUGGUGUUGGAAACCUGAUAUUUCCCAGCCCUGUCUACAUGCUUUGGUGGACUAUAGGUUCUGUGUGUGUGUGUGUGUGUGUGUGUGUGUGCGCGCGCGCGCGCACGCACGCGCAUGCAUGGAGCUUUCAUAGGGGUCAGCUGUAACUGGUCUGCCGAACCAUCAUGUGCCCCAACCAGUCCCUGGGUCUGCACUGCUCUUUUACCUAUGAGGGAAUCAUAGUGAGUCCAGCAUGACCCUUACCACUUAUAUGGCAAACUACAUAAAAUGGUGCAGGACGCUAAUAUACUAUAACACACUUAAUUUUGAAAAAUAUAAUUUCUGUGACAGGGCAGACUAUGUAUGCCACCUACCCUGCACCCCUUAAACUAACCUGCUGAUCUCAGGUGCAGCCCAAUCAGUCUGAUCCGUUUUUUUAUGUGGAACAGAGUGUAUGAUAUCUUUGUUCCAGGGAGCAAAGUGCCUUGGGAUGGUUCAUGUCCUGCUUGUGAGCAUCUCUUAGGCAUGCCAGACUAGUCUUUGGUCUGAUCUGGCAGUCUCUCCUUAUGUUCUUACCAAAUAAUACCAGUUGUUUUGGUUGGAGUAGGGUAAGCUCCUGUCUUUCUGCACUGCUUGGGGGCUUUGGGGAAGAAUUCAGUUGGUGACUAGUAGUCUGAUCAAGACAGGGCUGCUCUUGUGUUCCCUGAAAGUCUUCUUUGACCUUGGGACACAUGAGGUCUUAUCUGCUGCCUGCCAUAGCUAAGGGCUACUUCCUACAGCUGGGAUGGGGAUCCUGGGACACCCCAGAAGUUAUUGAAUUCCAGCUCCUAUCAGCUCAAGCCAGCAUGGCUAAUAGCCAUAAUAAUGUAUAAUAAUUUUUCUUAAUACCCUGCCCAUCUGGCUGGGAGCUGUUUUCCAGCAGCAUCUGGAGUGUACUUGGACAUGGAUGCAAUUGUAAAUUGGUUUAUUUUUAUUACACUGUACGUGGCAGCUUAUACAUUGUAGGGAUAACUAACUAAAUAAAUACAAAUAGCACAUGUGCUGCCCAUGCACUUUUUGGCAUUUUCUCCUUUAAAAUGCAAGCGAUCCCAGCUCCAGCCAUCCCUUGUGUGAAGUGGAAUGCAUCCGCACACUCUUCCUUCUCGACAGAUGGUAUUUGUGUUUUGUUUUGGGGCAUUCAUGCCUAGUAUGCACACCCACGCUAAAAGGGCCCCUGAGUGCCCUGCUGCAUCCUGUAACCAUCCCCAUUGUGUCGUCUUUUACUCAGUGUCCCAUCUUUCCCGUGGGUGGUGCUUCAGAAGACAAAGAUGCUCCCUUUGAGCCUUGCUGCGGAUUGUAUAGUUGACUGGAGCUAUCUGUCACCUGUUGAGCCCAGCCACUCAAGGCAUGUGCUCAUUCGCUCUCAUUCUCCCUCCAGUCUGAUGAGCUGCUGUUUCAGCUGAAAAGUGCUUGGACUACAUAAAAUGAAAAGUCCAGGCUCAGCGUACGUAGCAUGAGAGUCUGACCUUCUCUCUCUCUCUCUCUCUCUCUCUCUCUCUCCUUGGAAACUUUUAUACUUGCAGUGUAAUGAGUUGAUUUGUGGAGAGAUAACAAGCAUAAGUGAGCCUUCAUUGUGGCAGUGAGCAGAUGUGAAGAUCGUUCGUUCCAUCUGUCUAUUCUAUCACUUCCUCUAACAGCAAGCUCAGGUGGUGAGCGCUGACAGACAUGGAGCCACAAUGAGGUCACCGAGGAGAAAGCAGGCAGUAUUGACAGUGUUAAGGAACCCCAAGGUUUGCGGGAGUUAAGAAAACCCAAACCCAAACUCUCUCUCUCUCUCUCCCCCUCCUCUCUUACGCUUUUGUAAGAAAUGCUGGGACCAAUUUUAAAUGGACUAGAGUUGGAAAAAAUGUCAGGAGGGAAAAAUCUCACCCAGACUCAUUUUAUAUGGGUAUCUUAAGAGUUCAACCUCUAAGCUUCACAUCUAUUGUGUGGACUUUGGAUUUGGGAGUAUAUUUUUUCCGUUUGGUGGAUGCAAGUGUGUAAGAACCCAUCUCUUUUGGCAACCAUGGAUGAACCCCGCUGGCAUUUUUUAUAUAUAUAAACUUUUAGCUAACUUCCCGCACUCAAUAUUCCCCAAUAAAUCCACUAAAGAUUUGCAGCACUUUCUAAUGCUGAAGAGAUGUUCAGGAUUUUUUCCCCUUGUCCUUUGCUAUGCAUGCCAAUUUUCCUUUCCUUUUUUUCUUUUUAAACUGAGUUUCGUUAUUAUCAAAUUGCAAACACAUGGCAUUCCACUGGCAAAUUGUUACAGCGGUUGCUCCAGUAUUCCUAACUAGGAUUGCAAUGAAUUUCAGAAGAUAACAUUGUAUGUCAAACCCUCACAUUUCAGAUUUCCUGUAUUUCAAAUCCUCAGGUGUCAGAUGCACUAUGUAUCAGGUCUGAUAAGGACUGUAUUAGCAUUUCCUUUCAUAUGAUGAGAUCUCAAACAGGAGACCUGUCCCUUAUUCUUACAUCAUUGCCUACUAGAAACAAAACUACUGUAUUUGACAUUUCCAGUGAGAUCUUACACCUUCCUCUGAAUAAUAUCUCUACUCUCAGCAUCCUGAGCUUCAUCUUUUCCCAUCUGCCAUGUCACAGGGACCUACUAUCCCCAUGAUCCCUGAAUUCUUUCUCCUGUCAUAGUACCAUCUGCUACAGCCCCGUGUCCUUAAUCCUCCUUUGCAGUUUUGCCAUCUUUUACUCACCGCAUCCUGAAUUUCUCAUCAUAUCCCAUAUGUUUUCUGUUUGCGUCCAAGAAUGCUGGUUUGAAAUACUGUCUCAAGUCUCCAUCUGUCCAGCACUAUACACCUGCAGUCUUCCCUCACUGUGACCUUUCAUGCAGAAUCUAGCCUGCCUUUGAUUGCUUAAGCAUAGAACCAUAAAAAGCCAAAAGAUGAUUUAGCCCCAUGCUUCUGCAGCUGGGUGUGACUGUCAAUGCAACUGGGUGUGACUGUCAAUGCCACUAACAAGAACAAACAUUAUUUCUUUUUUCCGUGGUGUGGUAGUCAGCUAAGUCUAUAGAAGAUAAAUUAUUGGAUCUAAUUUAGUCAUGCUCAUUGAUUUCAGUUGGUCCCCUCUGAGUAAAACUUAGUUGAAUAGCACCCAUUCUCUUCCCUUUCUUUGGGUCAGUGGUAUGGCAUCAGUGAACUGGUUAUUCCAAGAGAACCCUUUAGCUGGAGAAAUCACCCGGCAAAUAAGUGGGCAAUUGCAGGCAAUUCCUGGCCUGGAGUUUUUGGAAGGGGUUUGGGAACCAGAUCCAGCAACCAGAUGUUUGACCAAAUCUUGCUUUGUUUCAAAUGCAGGAGCUACUGUGCGUAUGUGGUGCAGAGGAAUGUAACUUGCACCCUUCAGGAUGGAGCAGAGAGCUACGUGAAAGCCGAAUAUCACAAGUGCAGCUGGGGACCCAAGUGUCCUGGGAAAGUCCUGUAAGUAAAUGUUGGGUUGCAGUUGUAGCACGGUAGGGACUACAGAGGACUGUCAGCAUCUUCUGACAUGGUCAGAGGAAGCGGUUGCCUCCAUAGCAACUCCUGUGGAUUAAACGUCAUAAUAAGUAGCAGCAGAUGUCCAACACGCAUGAACAUAUUUUUUCCAUUUUCCUAUCAAAUCUCCUCCCCUUAUUUCUCUGCCUGUCUGGCCAUUGCUUUCUUUGCUGCCACAAGGGAGCCCUGUUGAGCAAAUGUGCCACAUGUAACCUUUCUAGGCACCAUUGGCUUAGCUGCUAUGAUGUCACAGAAGUUAAAUCUAGUAAACUAAUUGCUAAGGGUGGACUUGGGGGACCUUGGGAGUGGAAUUCUCAUCAUUCAGUGCUUAAGAACUGCCUAUGCGCCAUUCUCAUUGUAGUUGACAAGAUUGAUUGAGUGAUUUUAGAACUUGCAAUGGAAAACCAUUGAACAGAGACAGACAGCUGACACUUGCUGCUUGUGGUAUGUGAUGCUUUAUUUAGGGCAAACCAGGCAGCAGCUUCCCAUGCUCCCAUUGGGAGUUUUGAUUUCCCAUGUCAUAUAUUUAAGUGACAGAAGUGCUCUUGUAUCGUGCAAGCUUAAAACUUGGAAGGGUUCUUAUGCUUGCCUGUUUCCAGCAAAAGGCCCAUGCUAGCCAAGAGUCCAAAAACAGCUCAGCAUGACCGUGUAUUUCUUGGAAGUUCACCCAAAUAUAGCAUAAAUCCUUCGCAUGCUGUGGAGUAGGUCCAAAGCACCGUGAGUGGAAGGAAAAUAGCCGUCAGCACCAUUCCACAAACACUUGCACAAGAGAGUUCAUGCAGUGCUAUCAGAGGUGGGUUCAAUAGCAGUUCUUGUGCUUCUGCUUGCGCAAGAGAAAAUGCAGUUAGGAGAACAUCUUAGGAGGUAGCUUCACCAUUUUUAUGACCAGGUGGAAUACAGUCCUUCAUUGAGCAGGCAAUGUCUUCCGUAUGCAGAAAGGCACUUCCCGAUUUUAUAUUUCCGGACAAAGGAAUGGCAAACAGAGCUAUGAACGUGAAUGUAUCAACUCAGUACUGCAUAUUUAAGGCUGCAAUCCUAUACACACUUGCUUGGGAAUAAGUCCCUUGGAACUUGGUGGGACUUACUUCCAAGCAAAUGUGUUUAGGGCCAGGCUUCUAACAGAUGCAUUUCAUUAGCAGGACUGAGGGGUAAAACAUGCAAAGCUCUGAUAGGGACUUAGAAAGCUCCAAAUGGCUUUCAAAGUGUCUAGGGAGAGUUUAUGGGAUGUGGGUGGCGCUGUGGUCUAAACCACUGAGCCUAGGGCUUGCCGAUCGGAAGGCUGGCAGUUCAAAUCCCCAUGACGGGGUGAGCUCCCAUUGCUCGGUCCCAGCUCCUGCCAACCUAGGAGUCCGAAAGCACGUCAAAGUGCAAGUAGAUAAAUAGGUACCGCUCCAGCAGGAAGGUAAACGGCGUUUCUGUGCACUGCUCUGGUUUCACCAGAAGCAGCUUAGUCAUGCUGGCCACAUGACCCAGAAAAACUGUCUGCAGACAAACGUCGGCUCCCUCAGCCAGUAAAGCGAGAUGAGCGCUGCAACCCCAGAGUCAUUCGUGUCUGGACUUAACUAUCAGGGGUCCUUUACCUUUUUUUCUUAGGGAGAGUUUGGGACAAGAUAGUUUAUGCCUGAUUGUGUUAAAGAUGGAGGGAGUUGAUUGAGAAAAGCAGACCCAAGCCAAGUUAAACACUUCUAGUUGCCCAUCUGUGCCACCUCUGGUUGGGCAGUUAUAUGUAAAUAUGGCAUACUUCCUAACCGUUUGGCUAUUAUUAUUAUAAUUACUGUUAUUUAUAUCCCACCUUUUGGGGGUAGAAGUUUAUCUACAAUACAUCCAAUUAAUUAACCCACUGAAGAAGGAAAUGGCAGUCUUUCCACCCUGGCCAGUUAGGUAAUUUUAGACUCUGGAGUGUUACAGAGAAGUGAGUCUCUCUAAAAGGGAACGUGUUCACUUACUUCAAACCAGCCUUGCUGCAUUUGAGCCCUCUUGUUCAUUCUCCUGAGUGGGACCCUGGGCUCCUGCCCCAAAGUCCUACUACCAUGGCACCACCAUCCCCACCCUUUCAUAACAAGCACAGGGCAUUUUUUUAAAGGAUGUUUUUUCGAACCAAGCGAGUCCUGCCAGUUGAACUUUCUACAUAGCUUGGAAGACCGAGAAAGAGAUGUAGCUUUUUCCAGCCACCGGGGCCACUGGUAACUGUUUAUCCAGCUGCAAUAAAUACUUCCUGUUGCUGACAUGUGGAGUGGAGUUUUUUGCACUUUGAAAGGACAUUUUUUUCCUGAAAAGAAGCAGCCUCCUUUCUAAGUGAAAGCAGCACUUAAGGGCAACAUGGCACGGCCGAGGCACCUCUAUGCCAACUGCCUUCCCCCUUUAACCCGCAAAAGGUUCUGCUCUCUUUACAAGCCUGACUCCCUGCCAAGAGAAAGAGAGAGAGGUGGGCAGUGGCCCAGAUGUCUGCAGAGAGCCAAGCCGAUGGCUCGCGCCAAUGUUGUUGUUGACAGUGGGUCAGCUGGGCAGCUUUCUCUGGACUCAGCAAGAUUUCCAAGCGGGUUUAUGCGCACCAGAGCUGUUUUCUUUUUUAAACUACCGCUGUAACUUGGAGGCUUCUGCAGGGAGCCAUAAUCUGUAAAGGCCUGCAUUCUCCAAUCCCACUCAUCUCAAUCAAUGACAGAGAGAACAAACAGACAUUUACGGCGGGUUCUGGUACAGCCUGGAGUUCUGUGGCAGCUUCCCAAAAGAGGGCUGCCAAAGAAGGAGCCUCUUCCAAUGUCCAGUGGCUCACCGGAAAAAUAACAACGGACUCAUCCAGUCCGAAGCACAUCACCGCAAACAGUUAUCAUAGGAACAUUACAUAAGAAGGGCCCUGCUGGAUCAGGUGGAAGGACUGUCUAUUAAGCCAACAAAUCUGUUUGCCGACAGAUGCCUAUAUGUAGGGCUGUCUCUGAAGACAGUUCAGAAACUUCAGCUAGUGUAGAACCAGGUUGCUCACUGGUGCAAGAUGGUUUGAGCAUAUUACACCGGUCCUGGCCCAACUGCACUGGCUGCCAGUUAGUUUCCAGGCCCAAUUCAAAGUGCUGGUUUUGACCUAUAAAGCAUUAAACAGCUCAGGACUUCAGUACCUCAAGGACCACCUCUCUCCACCUGGACCCUGAGAUCAUUACCUGAGGCCUUUCUUCAUGUGCCUCUUCCACAAGAGGUCCGGAAGGCAGCAACACAAGACCAGGCUUUUUCUGGAGUAGCUCCCCAUUCAUGGAAUGCUCUCCCCAGGGAGGUUCAGCUGGUGCCUUCAGUAUACACCUUUAGGCACCAGGCAAAAAUGUUCCACUUUAACCAGGCCUUGGGCUGAUUGACAUCUGAUACCCUUCUCAAUGUGCUGUGGAACGGGAGUCUCUUGGGUUGUCUUUUUGUUUUUAUUAUGCAUUUUCUGUUUUUUAUGUUGUGACUUUAUGUUGCGAACUGCCCUGAGAUCUACGGGUAUAGGGCGGUAUCCAAAUUUAAUAAAUAAAACUAAUUUUAAAAAAUACAGCGGAACCUCAGCUCCUGAAUGCCUUAGGAGCCGAACGUUCUGGCUCCUGAACAAACAAAAACUGGAAGUAAUUGUUCUGGUUUUUGAAUGUUCUUUGGAAGCUGAACACCCGGCUUCUGCAGCUUCUGAUUGGCUGCAGGAAGCUGCUGCAGCUAAUCAGAAGCUGCACCUUGGUUCCCAAACUGUUUCAGGAAUCGAACAGACUCCCGGAAUGGAUUAAGUUUGGGAACCAAGGUUCCACUGUAUGGGAAACCCACAAGCAGGACAUGGGUCCAACAGCACUCUCUCAUAUGUUCUCCAGUGACUUGUCUUCAGACAGUGGUUUGGUGCCUCUGAUUCUGGAUGAAUAGUGGCCAUUAAUAGCCUUAUCCCACCCCUCCCAUGGGACGCAGGUGGCGCUAUGGGUUAAACCACAGAUCCUAGGACUUGCCGCUCAGAAGAUUGGUGGUUCGAAUCCCCGUGAUGAGGUGAUCUCCCGUUGCUCGGUCCCUGCUCCUGCCCACCUAGCAGUUCAAAAGUACGUCAAAGUGCAAGUAGAUAAAUAGGUACCGCUCCGGCAGGAAGGUAAAUGGCGUUUCCGCGUGCUGCUCUGGUUCACCAGAAGCGGCUUAGUCAUGCUGGCCACAUGACCCGGAAGCUGUACACCAGCUCCCUCGGCCAAUAAAGCGAGAUGAGCGCCUCAACCCCAGAGUCGGUCACAACCGGACCUAAUGGUCAGGGGUCCCUUUACCUUUACCUUUACCCCUCCCACAAAUUGGUCUAAUAAUCCCCUUUUAAAGUCAUCAGAUGGGGGGCGGGGUGGUAGUUCUUGUGACUAAACCGGCACUGAGAUGUAGUGAGUUAAGCCAAGCCGUGAUGCCUAUGAGUGUGUGGCAAAGUGGUCAUAUUUCCAUCAUGAACCAGCACCACUUAAUUCUUGAAAAGAAUGAAAUGUUGUGCAUCCAAUCAGGGCUACAUCCAACCUAAUCCACAGCAUUUUCUAGAGGAUUACCAUUAGCCUUACAGAGAUGUAAAAAAUUAGCUAAAUAGCAUGAAAUAUGCAUGUGUGACAACAAGGAGCGCGGUAUAAUCUGGCUCGAGGCAUCUUGUUCAGGAACCGCACAGCUGAUUUGUUUUGUGUCCAACCUGGAACCAAUUGGCUCAACUCACAUUAUUAUUAUAACAGUGGUACCUCGGGUUACAUACGCUUCAGGUUACAGACUCCGCUAACCCAGAAAUAGUGCUUCUGGUUAAGAACUUUGCUUCAGGAUGAGAACUGAAAUUGUGUUCUGGUGGUGCGGCGGCAGCGGGAGGCUCCAUUAGCUAAAGUGGUGCUUCAGGUUAAGAACAGUUUCAGGUUAAGUACGGACCUCCAGAAUGAAUUAAGUACUUAACCUGAGGUACCACUGUAUUACUUUAGAUUUCUUACCUGCCCUUCACACCUUAAGGUUCCAGGGCAGGUUAGAACAACGUAAGGAUACAAUAUCAAAAUCGGCUAAAACAAUUUGCAAGCUGAACAACAGAGUGUUGGUCCUAAAAAUAUGCAUCUCGGGGUCAAAGGACUGAAUAAACCGGUGCAUGUUCAGCUGACAGCAAAAACUGCAUAAUGAAGGUACCAGAUGGACCUCUGGAAGGAGGAAAUUCCGCAGUUUAGGGGCUUCCACAGAUAACAGGCUGCUCAGGCUGCAACCCCCCUAAAAAAACUUCUGAGGUUGGUGACACUUCCAUGUUUUCUUGGCAUAUCAGAACCAGAUGUAAUUGGUUCCAAUCAUAUAUCACAAGCACUUUUUGGGUCGGGAGAACCAGUCCUUCGGUAUAUAUGUAACAUGCAUACACAGGUCCACGAAUGUUACAAUCUAUGCAUCUUCAAGGGCGGAUUCUCACAUGAAUAUAAAUCAUAAAUGUGGUGAUCCUAAACUGAUUUAUUGGCAGGUAACACUCAGUGAAAGCAGUGGGGCUUCUCAGCAAACACGCUUAGGAUGUUUCUGGCAGUGUCAUAACACCUGGUGAUCUAUCACUCAAGGUCUGGCAGCUGAGCGCAUGAGCUGCCUUCACAGGAAAAUAUGACAGUGUUUUGAAGUCAUGUUACAUGAGAUGAAAAGCUCUGCUUUGAUCAGUGAUAGCUGUUUCGAAGACAAAGCUCAUCGCUUGUUAUUACACUCAUCAGGUGAUGUACUUGGAUGCUUUCCCUGUAAUGUCCACUACAGUACAUGACUGUGGAAGCCCACUGCAUUUUUAAAUUCUUCAUUUUAUUUUAUUUUUUAAAAAAAUGUGUACAUGAGUAGGACUAAAACCCCAAACAACCCUAACUCAUUUAUUUGCUGCUGCUACAAAUUUUAAGUUCUGAUCAUUAGAAUUGGCCCUUGAAAGCUGGCCUGCAGCUUUGAACAGUCAGUGCAACUUAAAGAUCAAAAUGGCUCUGGAGUGCUGAUUAAUGUUGCCUGAUGCCUGAGCUCAGUGGGGUUUCAUAUUGGACUGUAAGUGCCAUUUCUGCUUUUGUAAAUCUCCAAAUGAAUCUGAACUUCAAUGUCUAAAAUCCCUGGUAGAGGACAUGGAUCCUGAGAUCACGUUAAGGGUAGCCAAAUUCUGUGCGAUUGCCAUAAAACUUAGGGAACAAGCUGUGUUAUCAUAAUGAUUAAGGCCUUACAUGAUAAUUUUAGGUUAUAUGUUAGUGACUAAGUUUUAAUUUAUAUAUAUAUUUUAACUGUUGCUAUAUCUGUAUUGUCCCUGUUAUACCUAAUUGCAAUUUCAAAUGUAUCCCUAUCAUGUUUUAUGACUUCCUUGAUAUUGUAUGUGGGCUAGAACUGGUCUGUGACCGAAAUAAUAAAAAUUCAUUCUGCCUUUGUAGAUCACAUUCCUUUCCCUAAGCAGUGUAAAAUGUGUUAGGCUUUAUGGGUAAGCUACAUGCACCUAUGUAGCUGUGCAUUUGAGUUCAAAAGACAAAAUCAAUAAUUCAAAAUCAAUAAAAUAUUAAACACACAUAUACACACAAUCCCUGCAUUUAAAGACUACAUAUUUAAGGAUUACAUAUUUCUCUUUAAGCUGCUUUCUCCAACCUCUGGUUUAUGAAUCCCAGAUGAUUAAGUACUACCUCUUAGAGUGUCUUGAGAUUCUCCACUAUAAAUGCAAAAGAUUAUCAUUACCAUAUUCCCUGGGCAAAGGAUCAGAAGAGUGAUAGUACAGGCAGGACAUACAACUGCUGGGCAGCUGCUGCCCUCUAGUGCUAAAAGACAGCACUUUUAAGAUUUAAUAUCAUGCGCGGCUUAGGGUGGAGAGACAGAUACAUUUCCCACGCAGAGAAUCAUAGAGGGUUUGAGAAGAGAUCAGAAAUAGAUAGGGAUGAGUGCAUCCAUCAGUUUCAGUUUAUCUCAGUUUCUCAUUUCUCCAUCCUUAAGAUCAGUCCUCCACAUUUCCACAUCAGAUUGCAUUUUUUUUCUUUAAAAAAAAAUACUCUCCUGAAAAUUCACCAGCAUAUUAGUUUAAAUUUCUCCUAAUAUACAAACAUUGAUCUGAUCCAGCAGGCUUAUCUGAUGCUUCCAUGUGAGGAGAGAUAUUGUUUUCCUAUACAAAUUAUGGUAAUUAUUUCUAAAUUUGCUCUAUACAUAUGAAUUACCAGGUGUGCACACUUUAUGCAUGUGUGUGUGAUGCAAACUGUGUGUGAGUGCUGCCAAGAUUUCCUUGACCUACACAUUACGGAAGCUGGGAUGCAGAGGUACAGCUCUUAAUCUUGCUCUGCCUUCUUUCCUUCAGGUACCGCACGUUCUUCAGACCCAGGUACAAGAUUGGCUACAAGACAGUGACUGAGAUUGUGUGGAGGUGCUGCCCAGGCCUCAUGGGAGAAGGAUGUCACGACAGUCCCACUGACCAGCCAGGGCUUCUUCCCCAGCACCCCAGUCCCAAGUUGCCUCCUACUCAGAAGAUGUUCCCAGGUCCUAGAGUUCCCCCUCACCCCAAAAUUCAUGCAGACUCAUUUCCAGGACCAAAAAAGAACCACUACGGUGAGUCGCAGCUUCAUUUGGAUUGUCUGUUGAGUUCCAUUCACAGAAUCCACUGGCAUGGCUGACACAGGAAGCUCGUGGGCUAAGGAUGCAGAUAAAGAACACGUCUCACCUGUCAAGAAGGUCCCUGCAGGGCAAUGCUGUUUUUCUAGAAGAGGGGCUGGAACUCACCAUGAACACCUCUCUUGCUCUCUUAGAAUGGCAAUUGCACCCACUUGAAAGGUGCCAGAACUGAGUUCUGCUUGAAAAAAGCCCAGCUGCAGAGGAUGAUUGAGGGCCAUAAGCUGUACAAUGUGAAUCAGGCCUUUCCUGAUCCUUCUCCAGAUGUCACUUUCCGGCAGGACUGGGGAACUGUGCUGGGCCCGGGGGUAACCCAAGUAACGUGGUCCAGUUCUGGUCCCAAAUCCAAGGGUUCCGUGAGGAGUCAGUCCGACAGGGCCAAGGCAGGACACGAGGCAGGAAACCAGGCAAGGUCAGGCACAGGAUCACAGGCAGGUUCUGGCAAACAGCAACGUUGCUCCCGCAACCUGGGGCGGCGUCCAGCAGGCUUUUAUCUCUGUCAGGGUAAUGGCCGGUCCUGAUUCCCCCGGUGACUCACCACCCUGUCUUGCCCAAAGGCAAGCACUCCUCCUGCGAGUACUCAGGUCUCUCCUUCUCUCAGACCUGAGUCUCUACAGCUCGGGAGAUGUUGGUGGGUUACUAGACCCAGAGACCGCCUCAGCCUCUCCUGACCCAACUGGUAGUGGAGCAGCUGUAAGUGAUUGCCCAGCUGAAGGCAACGAGGUAAUCCCCGCAUCUGGAGCCAGGGCAGGCUCAGGCCCCUGACUCGGCCCAGCUGGUGCUUGUUGCAGGGGAACCUGUGCAGACUGGGGCUCUUCAGAAUCAGGCACCAUACUAGGCUCAGCUGCCGCCUGAGGCAAAGGAUCCGGUGUGGACUGAGACUCCUCUGGCUCCGAGUCCGACCCUGAGUCCCAGGCCAUCACAGGAACCUUUUUCAGCCCAAGUUUCAUAUUCCCUCAAUAAUAACCUUACUGGGGCUAAAUUCCAAUGAUGGGCUGGGUGACUGGGGACGGUGAGCAUAUUGAUGGAGGUGGUGCAUAUUUUUCUACAGUAAUCUACAUUUCAAAUGGAGAAGUCAGAUUACCUUUAUCCUCCAUCCAGGCAAGCAAGAUUGCAGUUCAAGGACACAUUCCAGCCAGGCAGAAGCAUUUGAGGAGGACAACACUGUGUGGAUGUUGUGCAAAACUUGCUACUAGCUAUGAUGGCUAUGGGUUGCCUACAUGGUUGAAGGCAGUGAUGUUUCUGAAUGCCAGUUGCUAGAAACUGCAGGAGGGAGAGCGCUCUUGUGCUCAGCUGCUACUUGCAGGUUUCCCACAAGCAUCUUGUUGGCCACUGUGAGAACAGGAUGUUGGACUUGAUGGGCCACUGGCGUGAUCCAGCAGAGCUGUUCAUACAUGUGUUUUCCACACUAAGUGUGGGUCCAGUUUGAUUCCAGUAGGUUUAUAAGCAUUUUGUAAGUAACUUUCUUCAUUUGUGACGAACUGGAAAGUCUAGGCAGCCGCCUCUUGUACAUGCCCUCGGAUAGGGAAAUUGUGCCCCUGAUUAUAACUGAGGUUUGCUUCUGCUUGUUUAUAGGUCGAAAAAUGCCUAGUGUGUUUGGAGACCGACUAGAUCGGCUAGAGGAUGAAAUCAGACGUCUCUCACAGUCCUAUGACACCCUACACAACAUGGUGAAUGGCCUGGGAGACCAUUUGCGGCUUGCCAUCCAGGAGGACACCAGUAAGAUGAUUGGAUCACUGAUGAACAGCCCAAGUGUGCCUGAUUCAACCAUGGGGUUUGGAGUCAUUCCUGAUGGGAUUGUGGAUGCCGCAGACAAAGCAGACCUCUCCCCUUAUCCACCAGUGGGUGAGAUCCUAAGCAAAGUGACUGAGAUGAGUGAUUCACUGAAAACCAAGACUAACUUGCUGGACGAGGUGCAUGGCAUGGUGCUGGACCACGAUGGGCAGAUCAAACACCUGCUGGAGUCAGCCCGGCCUUCUCCUCUCACCUCCAUUGAUAUGCUAGAAGAUUAUGUGGACAGCAGGCUUAGCAACUUGCGGGUGGAGCUGCUGGAUGGCUUUGAGAAGAAGCUGGUGAACAUUCAGAGCACAUGUGACUACCGGAUCAAGGAAGUCCAGCAACAAUGUGAGGAAGAGAAAGCUGCCAAUCUCCGUCUUCAGCAGACCCUGGAUGGAAAAGAGCUGGAAAUCAAGAAGGAGAUCUCCCAGCUGGAAACCCAGAUCCAAGGGCUGACCGUUGUAGAAAGCUGCUGUAGCAACUUAAACUACCUCACCAAACGGAUGGAUAUCCUAGAGAAGGGCUUGCACAGUAUUUCUGAGUCUCAGAAGAAUCUACACUCCAGGUUGGACAAUGAACUGUCCACUGUUACCUUGGGAAACAUAGUUGAAGGGCGCUUUGAGGACUUUGAAGCCAGGCUGAAUUUUACAGAGAGGGAAAUAGGAAGUUGUUGCUCCAGUGUAGAGGACAACAUGAGAGGUCUGUUGGGGUCAGAGCUGGAUGGCACAAGGACAUUGUUUGAGGACAAAAUGCGUACCUUGGAGGAGAGAUUUAUAACCAUUGUAGGAGAUGUGAACAAUGUCAGCUCCACAGUGGCGAUAGAUGGGGCUGUAAUGCCCCUCUUGGAAGGGGAGCUUGCUAUCAUAAGAAAGGGAACAGAUGAGAAGUUGGAAGUACUCCAGAGUCGGCUGACUACCUUAGAAAGCACAUGCUCAUUGGGUUGCAUGGCCACCUCCAAAGACGUAGAGAUUUUUCGCACAGAAAUUGAGAACUGCCAAAGCAAGAACCAGGAUUUACUGCUCAGAAUGGACAGCAACUCUGACCUGCUUCGGAAACUUAAUGCUACUAUCCUGGAAAUCCAGAGGCGGAUUGAAGAGGAAGCAGCUGAGUCCUUGCAAGGUGAGAUCACUCUGUUGAAGAUCAACCUGAACACCAUGAGCAAGUCCUUAACUGGGCUGAAGGAUUCUGUUUCUCAGUACUCAGACACGGUGCUCCACGUCAACUCCUCUCUGGACGAGCGCGAGCGCAAGAUAGAAGAUGAGGUCCACUCCAUUCAAGAGAAGAUCAACAACCAAGGCUCCCAGCUUCUGUUCAGCAACAAGCGAGUCCUCAACCUAAAAGGAGACCUUGAAAGGCUCAAGUCCAGAAUCAUCAGUGAUUUGAGCAACUGCAAGAGUGUGGCUCAUGGCCUGCAGAAAGAAGUGCUCCAGUUUGAUGACCGCGUGGCCCAAGUGGAGGACAUGUGUGGCAGACUGGGCAUGGUAACGGGAAGCCUGGACCACAUCAAAAGUGAGCUGGAAAAUAACGCAGGAAGUAUGUGGGGCUACAUGGACCAUAUGAACGCAACCUUAGCUGCCCACUCUCAGGAAAUAACUGUACUCAAAGAUAACUUGUUGGACUGCCAGGCAAAAGUCACGGAACUAGCUGAAGACAUCAGCCUCUUAGAAACCAAGCUGCAAGGCAACCAGCAUUAGCUAUGUCAAACCCAAAGUGCAACUAACUUAUAUCAUGCAGGCUCCAAUGUGAUGAUACCAGGAUCUUGUUUUAUUUUUGUGGGGUGGGGAGGUUACUAAAUCUUAAAAGCUGCUAUAAUCCCAUCCCUCACUCCGCCCCCGGAAGAACGACAUUUUCCUGCUACGGUUUAAGCUGUACAUUUGCCAUUACUGUAUUCUCUGUGGAUAUUUAGCAGCUGUACGUAUGUAGCAAAGUGCCUUCCCAUAGAAGGGGUCACAUUGGGUUACAUUUCCAAUAUGCGGUUCAGUUCAGGAAGAAACUGGAGAGGAAACAGACCUAUCCAUAGGAUUAUUUGCUUUGGGAAUAAUGAAAAACCUGCUAUUUAAGAGCUGGGGCAAAGAAAAUCGGUUCUUGGCCAUUAUAUCUAUCUACUCGAUGAAAAGGUCUGGUUCAGGGACCAUUCUAAGCAAUACUGCCAGCUAUGAGAAACACUUUGGUUUUAGCUAAGACUUUCCCCCACUUCUGUAUUAUACAUGUGUACAAAACCUGGACUGGAAUUCUUCAUGGCAGCGUUGAUUGAUACAAGCAUAAGGAACACUCAGUUCAGAAAUCAACAGGUAUUGUAUGGGUGCAUCCAGGAAGAGAACACCCUAUAUUCACUAUCUUCUCCUCCAAUGCAUUCAUUGCUACAAAGUUCAGGACAGUUUUCUGACAGUUGUUGUUCUCAAGCACUGUGAGUGCAGAAUGCGCUUUAUAUGAAAGCAGCGGGGGGCAGGCUGAAUGCACCACCUGAAUGCACCACCAAGGUAGCUCCAUAUCUGUGUCCAUAAAUGCAUGGCACACCUGAUCUGGAUUCAGUCCCUGGGGGAGGCCAUAGUUCUGCCUGAUCCCCCAGCUAAUCUGCAAUGGGGAAAUGCUCUCCCCUUGAAGCAAAAGGGGAGCAAACUGCUGAUACGGGAAACUCAAUCCUAACUGGAAGACAAAGGGUUAAUACCUUCCCACUCCCACACAGAGGCCCUGAUCCUAGCGAUUGUGCUAAAUAAUUGCAUUAAACCUGCACUGAAGGACACAAAUAUGAAGCUAAUGUACCAUCAAGUCUGGCCCUUAGGUGGCUUCCUGUAAGCCUAGAGACUAGCAGAAGGAAGCACAUGAACUUCUCCAUAUGGUGCUGUAAGAACGCUAUGCUGUCACUCCCUGCCUUUGUAUAGAAGGAAGGAGGGAGACAUGCAGGUCAAAAGAUAAAAGACCAACCUGUUUUGAACAAAGUUCCUCUUCAGGGACACUCUUGAACACACAAUGGCAGUCCUACGGUUGUAUCCAACUAAGUUCUACUCAGAUUAGCCCCGCUGAAAUUAAUGAAUGUGUUAGGUCCAUUCAUUCUUGUGAGUCUACUCUGCAUAUGACUAGCACUGGAUGCAGCCCCCGGUGCUCUAGAAGCACUGUGACGAUGGACUCGGCAAUUGACUCAUUUCACAAAGUGCUUUCUUAUAUCUAUCCCAACCUCCUCAGAACCUCGGCUUGGGGUCCUUGAGAGAUGGAGAAAUAACUUGCACCUGUAACCAUCUCUGGUGGUGAAGCAGUUUAUCCAUGGGAAGAUUUCAUAUACACCCUGUCAUGUUUCAAUCCACUUACUGUGUGCGUCACCCAAAACCCACAUAUUAGCACAGCCAUGUACAGCAGGUGGGGCUGACUCAAGAUAUUACCCCCAGCAUCCAUUGUGUGCAACUGCCCCCUUUGCCUAAUGGUAGCACUGGCCCUAUCAGGGGUGGGGAGAAAGAAAUUUGCCCCACUGCCAUACUAAUGCUAUGGGCAUACAGGGCAGCACAACAACAGGUGCAUUUAAAUGUGGCACGCUGUGCAUUGGAUGCCUACACUAGUGUUUCACUAAUAGGUCCAUAUUACAUAUAAACUGGGCACCAGUUUGAAAUGUGGGAUAGAGAUCAGACGGGCUAUGCAAAUCCGAAAAAAAGAAACUCCUUAUUUAAAAUAGGAGUUUAAAUAGUAUCACAAAAAUCAGAAACUAUCCUAAUCUACAACCUAUUUCUUGUAGACUGCUGGUUGGGAGUUUUCUGUGAGCAGAGUUUGAGAAAUAAUGGUUAUGUGACUAUCUCUCAGCAAUGGUGCUAAUGUCUGCAUUUAUUUCUUAGCCGGGAACUUGAAUAUUUCAACAUUUUUCAGAGUUAUCUGUUUUCUUCGUUUAAAGACUAAAUCACUCUGUGAUUGCUUUCAAGAAACAGGGCAUUGUGUCACUUUUGAAGAAAGACUCUGACAUUCAGUUGCUGGUCCUGAUGGGGUUUCUGCCAAUGCUGGUAAUGGAUCCUGUUCAGUACAGUUUGUAUUUUUUUUUAAAGAUAUUGUACAUUUUGUUCAGAUUGUAAAAGUUGAAUGACUGUUUGUACUGUUGGGCAGGAGGGAGAAAGACUCUCACCAAGGUUUCCAAGAUUGGAUUACUGUAUCUUCUAAACAUAAAGAGCCACACACAAAACCCCCCACCUACAAAACAUGAGGUUUGAGUUACUGAGAAAAUCAAACAACCCCCGUCUAGAGUUUGUUUUCCAGAUUGCUGGUGGGAUAUGUGGGUUGCUAUAUAUGGAUAAACA